AUGAUCAGUUACAUAUCUGAUUAUCGUUUGAUUCAUGUCUAUCAUUUGCAGCACUUUUCUGAUUCUGAAUUCCCGAUCUUGCUCAAUGGAGGUGGCUUAUAUAGCUAUUGGAACCUUCCUAAACAGAGGGAAAGAAGUGAAAAGAAUCGGGCGAAUGCUCUUUCAAACAAGAUCCGGUCAGCUUGUGGUGCCAAAUCAAUAGCUAGGACAAUUUAUGAAUUGGAACUUGAGGUUGAGGCAGGUAGUAAUGAGCAUGAAGAGGAGAACGAGGCCACAAAUGCAUCUAGUUCAAAUGCAACUACAUCAACAACACAAGCUAAUGGCGACCCUAUGUAUUUGAAGCUAUGGGAGAAGACAAAGAGGCACAAAAAUGGGAAGUUUGAUGACGAGGCUGAAAUUAAGUACAACAAGUUUAAACAGUUGCAUGAGAAAGAAGUUGGAGAGAAAGGUGCAGACAAUGUUUCCGUAGAUGUGGCCUAUGAAAACGUUCUUGGAUAUCGUCCAGGUUAUGCACGGGGGUUAGGUAAAGGUCACCCGGUGUUGUCCAAGGAUUUGAAGAAAGGAAGGGUUGAGUUGGAAGUAACUGUAGUGCAACUCCAGAAUGAGAACAACACGAUGCGAGCUGAAUUUGAGCAUCAUAAAGCUGAAACUUUGAGAAAGGAAAAUGAAGCUAAGAAGAAACAAGAAGAACUGGAACAGAAGCUUAAAUUAAUCAUGGAGAAAAUUGGCCUUGAAUCCUUGACAUAAAGAGGAUCUUGAUGCUGGCUGGUACUGAAUCAAGGAAUGUUUGUAGGCUACAUAUUACUCACAAUUCUACUGGGUGUUGUUAUUGGUUGCUCAAACUCAGUAAUCAAGCUGUUGUGCUCAACUUUAUGACACAAUCAGGACAGCGCCUUUAUUUUAUUGUACGGACAGAUUCACCAAGCUUGUUGCAAUAUAUAUAGUUACUUAUAAGCUAA